UGCGCCUUUGCACAGUGAAGCGCGCGCACGAUAUCAAACGAGGAACUUUCGCCGCGUAUUUCCCAUCGCCGAAUGUGAAUUCCGCGCGCGACGACGUGCCGCCAGGAGUGCAUUUCAUUUAGUAACGGACGAUAGCGAUCGUUAAUUUCGGCGCGAUUAAAUCUCCAUCCGCGCGGCUGAUGUAUUUCAAUUUCCGUACGUUCCGCUUAGCAAAACGAGAGCGGCGAUUAGCAGCGAGAAGUUGUCGCCAAUUUUUUCGCGAGUCGCCGAAUAAAAUUUUCCUGAAAAACGACACGAAAGCGCUACUAGCGAACGACCAGUGCAACCAAACGCGUGUCGUCGAACUCCGCAGUCUCUCUCUCUCUCUCUCUCUCUCUCUCUCUCUCUCUCUCUCUCUCUCUCUCUCUCUCUCUGCGCUCGCCUCGCUGUGUUUUUCGUCGUCGAAUGUAAAUAACACGCGCGCGCGCGCGUGCACGCGAUCGACGCGCGUCGCGAACAACGAUCUCUCUAGUAAUGAGCGGUCCGUUACGCGAAGCGUUAAUUAACGCACAGAGUCGACAAUUAAUUAAUGACGCAUCAGAAAUUCCAUACUUUUGCAAAACAAUGAAAGGGGAUCCCGCGUACGGACUCGCGAGAAAUUGAGCGACGUCGCUCGAGUUCGUCAAGAAGCAACGGACAAAGCGGCGCUAAUGAAGCGAUGACCCACGAUCAUUCUCGGCCUGCGCAAACGUUCUCUCUCUCUCUCUCUCUCUCUCUCUCUCUCUCUCUCUCUCUCUCGGUACUCGUCACGUGUUCCGUGUCGUCGAAUGUAAAUCACGCGCGCGCGAUCGUAUGUCGGGAGUGUCGACCUAAUAACAGCCGAGCGUUGUGAAAUGCUAAGCGGCGCACACACGACGCGAUUAAUUACAUCUCGAUUUCCGCGCUCGUGUGAAGCGACAACGGGAGUCGCGAGGCGCGUAAUCGGCGCGAGCUUGUCGCGACGUCAUUGAUAUUCGUUGUUUGCCGAUAAUCGUAAGAUCGUUUCUCAAUAGUCAACGUACGUGUGAAGUAAAUGGACAAUCGCGCUGAUUAGUAUAACCGGUGCUAUCGACGAGGAAAUAAAUGGACGAUAAAGUGAUACGGAAAACACCGGCGCGACGAUGGAGCAGCUGAGCUGACAAACUUUGCGACCUCAUCACGAAGGCAGCUGAAGUUCCGGUGGCGUGUCGAAAGAUCCAGUUCGGGCCGAGUAGGGUCGGCUCUAAGGUUCUCGGCAAGAUUUCAUUGAAAUUUUUCACUGUGCGUCGCCGGGGAACGCUUCUGAGCGCGAUCAACAGAGAGAAAGCCCACAAGUCAAGUUGUAAGCCGAGGGCUACAUGGUGCAAGGGAUACGUUGCCUCCUGGAUACCGGGCGAUCUUCAGAAGUACGCAGCCAAGUGCCGGAUAUCGCGGUUCUGCCCGGAUGAUAUCGCCGCCGCCAGUGCGAUGCUCGUGGGACCAAGAUGCAAAGUGGACAGAAAGAUUCGAAGAGCAAUUCAAGCGCGACCCUGCCGAGCAUGGCCGCUUCGUACGGCGCACGAGCGGAGAUGCGAGAAACCAACCGCCUCGGGCAGAAGUCGAGCGAGAGUCAGACUCGAUUACCAGCGAAGAGACGUCGCGUUAGGAUGAGCGGCGCUGCCCGACGUCGUCGUAAGAAACAACGUGAGGCAAUGAAGGAGGCCGAACGGACAGCUUUCCUCGCCUUGUCUGCCAGCAUAAGCGGCGGGCUCGCUACAGCGGCGAGGAAUGUCUCGACGGCUGGCCCGUCGUUGAAAUACGCCAGGAACCGGGAAAUGGACGAAUACUCGCCCGAUGCACCCCCGGUCAAGAGGUUGAAGAUUGAUGAUGAGAAACCUCACGACCAGGCAACGUCCGAUCUCCGCGAGAUAGCCGUCGUGCCGGUCGACUACCCUGAUAAGAAGUUGGAUGCCAAUGAGGUAGCUUUAAUCAGGAGACUGAUCAAAUUGCGGAUCCUUGGUCUAGCUAAUGGUACGAAGACUCCUACGUUUAAGGCCGCUUGGGAAUGGGAAGGUACGCUGAUAUUCGGCUGCAACGACGAGCACACGAGAGACUGGCUGAAGAGCUUCAUGUCGGAGAUUAUUGUUAAGGAGAAGGUGCCAGUGCGCGCGUUACCGGCAGACGAGCUAUUCGGACGUCACCACGUCGUCGUGCACGUGGAGGACCCCGAAAUGUCUGUGAAGGAGAGUCUGGAGUUUCUCCACAGACAGAACAAGGAGCUGCUUGUCAACGAGUGGGUCAUCGCGUGUAGGAAGAGCAGGGACGCCGUGCGCUCUCAUUUCUCCGCCCUGGUCAGCGGGCGCUCGCUGAAGGUCUUGGAGGGUCUCAGCUUUAAGCCCUUCUGCGGAUUGAGUCAGGUCACGGUGAAGUUGCUCAAAAAAGAACGCAUGAAGGAGGACCCCGGUUACGUUGCCGAAUCUUGAAGCUUGGCUCGUAAAUCCCGAAUUUGGAAUUCUGGAUCUCCAAUCCUAGAGUGCGCCAGCUUGACCUCCAGCUUGACUGCUGCUGCUACUUCGUUCGGCCUCUCGAGCGCGGCUUGGUCUCUUAUCGAAGUCAGGAAUAUGCGAGGAAUUUUCGGCAAUUUCCGCUAAUGCCUCGAGAGUCGAAACUCGACCGCUGCCCUUCGACUUCGCCCCGCCCGCAUUUUUAGGCAACCACGAUAAUAUUUAGCCGACGCCACGGUAGUCGUCAGAUCAGGUCACUGUCUCUUCGCCUUCGCUUACUUUCCGCGCACGUCCACUUGUGUAGACUCCUCCUCCCCGGCAGCGGAGCAAUCGCCUUCAAAAAAGGGCGCGCUAAAGAUUAUCGUUCAUUCCGUGACCAUCCAUAAAAACUGUCACACCAGAGAUAGGAAAAUCCGUAAUCCAGUCAAUGAGAGACUAUCAAUUUCCCCGAAGCCAUCCAGUCGCUCCUUAAGAUUCUACAGCGGGACGCGCUCGCCGUCGUCAUAUCCACCUACCGACGCUCCCUUCGUCCCCCGCCGGCGACCCCGCGCGCCGAGGGGGGAGAGUACAACUCUAUUAAACUUUCAAAACUCCGCGCGGGUGUCGCGCACAAUGGCGCGAAGGAACGCGUCGGCUGUGUCAGCAGGCCACGAAGAAUCGCUUCUCUCCCGCCGCCCGUUCCGACCGAACUGUCACAUACUUUCCGUAUGGGAUAAGCUUCAAAAAUAGCGAGGAACUAUCCCGCGACAGCAAAAUAGGGGGAGAAGAGAUCCGACGCUGGAGAGAGACGGCCGGGGCCAGGGCAGGGGUAGGAAAUGGGAACGACAAGCGGGAAGAGAAAAGACCCGAAGACAGUCCCGGAUACCAAGGGACCGCUCUCUCGCACGUGUGAGAGCGUCAGAACGCGCGUGUAUUUAUCGACGCCGCGUCCGGCGCGCCGCGGUGUGUCGGUGUGUGCGCGUGUGUGUAUGCAUGCGGUUCUCUCUCUCUCUCUCUCUCCCUCCUCCUCUCUUCACGGUCGUUGCGACGUCUCGCGGAACGCGUGCGCGCGCGCACACACACACCGACACAACCCCGCGCCAUACAAUGAGAGGGUCGUGCGUCUCAGCCCUUAGCGAAGGGUUGCGCCGAUGCAGGGCUUGCGCGAUUUUAUCUCCGGCAUUCUUCUGCCAAAGGGGUCCGCGCCACGACGGCAGAUCUACCUACGUGGCGCGGUUUUUGUGUUUUCCUCUUCGCGCAUGUGUGUGUGUAUGUGUGUGUGUUCGCGAUGCAUGUACGCCGCGCGCACAAUGGCGAUUCAGCGUCGUCCCACGGCCUGCCUUUUAAACAAGCCGGGGAAAUCUUGAGACGUACCCUCCUCUCUGUGUACGCGUGUGUGUGUGUGUGUGUGUGUGUACGUCGAGUAUGCGUGCGCGACAACGUUGGCAAGUUAAGCCCUAAUCCCAACCUUCCUCCUUGUCCUUUUCUUCAGCCUAUUUUUCUUACUCGCCGCGCCUCCCCCUGUCCCGCGGACUAUUAACCGCCCUUUUCAAUUCCGCCGGCGACAUCCUCCUCACGGCGGCACAAAUAUCGCGGCGGCCCGAACGGAUCAACGAUUAGAUCUCAUCUGAUUAGUUCAUGGCAGUAUAUUGAAGGCUUAAGGGAUGUACGCGCCUUCGUUUCUCUCUUCCUCCUCCUCCUCCUCCUCCUCCUCCGCCAGCCGUCCUGGUUCGUCCGUCGCGCCAGCGGCGGCCAGCUGAUGAAGCUGAUGGAGAUAACUGGCCAGGUAGCGAGUGUGUUUAUUGUCCCGAGCGACGAGCGUCGUCGAGCGAAACCGAUGCUCCGAUACGUCUGCGACCGCGCCUUUUUAAUCGCUUGGACGUGAAUCGCGAGGACCGCUGCGAAGUUACAAGGCGCGCGUCAGGCAUCCCCUUUAAUCCCGAAAGAAUACUCUUCACGACGACGGGUUCUUCAUUGUCGGCAGGUAUACCCGGAGAAAUCAGCCCGUCAGGGUCCCUGCGACGGACUGACGUGUUCUACCGCUCGUCGCUAGGAGCAUACGUUUCAUUUGUAAUGCAGUGUAAACGCCCGCAGUACCAAAGAGCAUUCUUCCUUAUCUCCGUGUCAGCUCCGUGACCUUACCGUGCCCUGCGCUGUAAAAGUGUCGGUCGCAACGACCCGGAUCGAAUUGACGGAUAGAACUGCCGACAAUUAACGAUCUACUUGUAGGGCAAACUCGGACAAGAUGACCGUGAUGAAGUACUCACAAUAUUGUUCUUUCGAAUGGUGCGUGUGCGCAUAAACCAGUGAGAACACCAAUCAUCUUUGAGAAUGAAUUACAAAAAACGUAGGAUUUAACAGUCAUCGGAGAAACUGCAACUUGUGGCCAUCUUUCCCGUAUAAUCCGAGAUUACCCUAUGAGAGCGAUCGAAAUUUAAUUAUUUAUUAUUUAUUAAUAAUAUAUGGGUCUGACCCCUUUGGUGUACAGUAAUUUAGAUAAUAAUAUUGCGAAUAAGAUUCUCAGAAUAAAAAGGAGGAAAAGGUUAAAAAAAAAAGAGAAAUGACAAAUUUUCGAAGGAGACGAAUGAUGAAAAGGGACAAUGAAGAAAGAUGAUUACUCAUUGUGUCGCGUUAGUUUCAGCAUUAAUUAGAAAUAUAAUGUCAUAAAUUUUCAUAAGUUUUCGAAGAAAGCACAAAUGGUUGCUUGUGACCUUUUUGCUGGUUCUGCUGUGUUAUGGGAGUUUCAUUUCGGAGUUGCUUACGGCCAAUUAAGUGUUCUGGUUCUCUCGGAGAAAUUCGGGUGUUUCUUUGGCUUUUAUAUAUUUGCGUAAAACAAGCUCAAGAUCUAGUUCGACGAGGCUGACCAUAAGAGGUCGACUCGAUGCAUCCUCGGCUGUGUUUGUCAUGUAAUUUACCGAAUGUUCAAUCAAGAAAUAAAUUUGUAUGUAUAUAUUGUAUAUGACUGUAUUAUACUCGUAUUGUGCAGUUGAAUCGAUUGUUGGUAGUUGAAAAUACAUUUAUAU